CGAUGCUCCAUGCACGUUUAACAUUAGAAUUGAUGUAUACAAAAAGUAUUUAGUCAAUUUUUUUUUUCAACGAUAUAUAAUAACAAGAAACAACAAUGAAAAUGUUAAUGAGAGCGGACACGCACUAUAGUAUAGUUGUGAGUGGUAGUGAUUAUGAAAAACCGAAAUACACCUUUUCACAGAUACUGGCUGCCGUUGCUGUUUCGAUGGGAUCAAUGAUUAUUGGGUUUUCGUCAGCUUACACGUCACCAGCUUUAGUGAAAAUGGAAAAUAGUACAAGAAUAUCUAUUUCUGAAGAAGAAGCAAGUUGGGUUGGAGGCCUCAUGCCUUUAGCUGCAUUAGCGGGAGGAAUAUUAGGAGGACCUUUGGUAGAUUACAUCGGUCGACGCAAAACAAUACUCAUGACAGCAAUUCCUUUCUUCAUUGGAUGGAUGUUAAUAGCCACAGCUAAAAUUGUUCACUUAGUAUUAGCUGGUCGAGCUAUAUGCGGACUGUGUGUCGGUAUCGGAUCAUUAGCUUUCCCAGUCUAUCUCGGCGAAACAAUCCAACCUGAGGUCCGUGGGACCUUAGGGCUGUUUCCGACUGCUAUUGGAAAUAUUGGUAUACUUAUUUGUUACGUAGCUGGAAAAUAUCUUGAUUGGUUUGAACUUGCAUACUUAGGAUCAGCUCUUCCCAUUCCUUUCUUGUUACUUAUGUUUAUGAUCCCUGAAACGCCUCGUUGGUACAUAUCUCGCGGUCGAACUGAAGAAGCGCGUAAAGCAUUACAAUGGCUUCGAGGUGCCAAUACUAAAAUUGACAAUGAAAUGCGUGAUAUAGCUUUAUGCGAUGCAGAAGUAAAAAAUGACUCUUCAUUUAAGGAUAUUUUGAGCAUGAAGUAUAUGAAAGCAAUAUUUAUAUGCUUAGGACUUAUGCUUUUUCAACAAUUAUCGGGUAUAAACGCUGUAAUAUUUUAUACGGCUAAAAUAUUUCAAAUGUCUGGGAGUUCUGUUGAUAAACAUUUGUCUACAAUCAUUGUUGGAUUGGUCAAUUUCAUUUCGACAUUUCUCGCUACAGCUCUUAUUGACAGAACUGGUCGUAAAAUAUUACUGUAUAUAUCAUCUGUAACCAUGACUGUUACAUUAAUAAUUUUAGGAACAUUUCUUUACAUCCGUGACAAUUUACACGUAGACGUGUCUAAAUUAGGUUGGCUGCCUUUAACUAGCAUCAUGGUCUAUUUACUCGGUUUUUCUUUAGCUUUUGGACCAAUACCAUGGCUAAUGAUGGGUGAAAUUUUACCCGCAAAAAUAAGAGGAGGAGCUGCGUCAAUAUGCACCGCUUUUAAUUGGCUAUGCACAUUUAUAGUAACAAAGACAUUCUAUAAUAUUUUAGUGGCCAUUGGCCCAGCAGGGACAUUUUGGUUGUUUGGUUGUAUUUGCUUUGUUGGUUUAUUUUUUGUCGUGGUAUGUGUUCCAGAAACUCGAGGAAAAAGUCUUGAGCAAAUUGAAAAUAAAAUGACUGGAAGAAAAGCGAGAUCUCGUCGGAUGAGUUCUAUUGUAAAUAUAAAGCCACUUCCAAGUGGCUGCUAAAUAUUAUCUAUAUUUUAUGUAUGUGUACUAGUAAAAAUUGCAUAAUUCAUUCUUAAGAGAGUAAUGUAACAUGAGAAUAGUUUACAUUUUGAAAAGGUAACAUGUAAUUACCUACUUAUCUACAAUUUAAUAAGUAACAGUUAAAAAGUGGGCCAUAUUAAAUUAGCUUUAAUCAUAGCAGUUUUAUUAUAUAGUACUGUUAAUAUGUUAAUCAAAGAACAUCGCAUGGCCAGGAUUUUAUUCUUGGGUAAACCAUGAAAACCCCCAGAAGGAUAUUAACUAAAAAGGUAUUUUUUCUUAAAAUAUUAUUUCAAAUAAAAAAGACAAAUAAAUGGUCUACUACACAUACAGAGUAUCCAUGUUGAGUUGUUGAUAUACCUAGGAAGAGUAAUUUUUUUUACAAUAUUCACUUAUUUUCGGUAAAUGUCAUUAUUUUUCUAUCUAUUUAUGUAUAUUAGAAAAAUUGAUUUCUUUAUUAAAGUGUUAGUGUAUUAAGUACUUAAAAGUAGUCAAUCUGUGUUCAUGAUUUGGCACUGGCAUUUCGUGGGGGACAGAUUCUAUCCACCUUACCUGGCUAUAAAUAUCCUAUCAAUAAAUAUAAUUUUCAUGAAUAAGAGUUUUCUAUAAUCACAGAUUUUUUUG